AUGGUCAAGAUCAGUGAAAUAGCAGGUACUUCAACUUUUACAUGGAGUCUGGAUAACUUACCAUUGUUGGCUUCUGGUACCGUAGCUGGUGCUGUUGAUAUCAACUUCAGUUCUUCAGCCAAAUUAGAAAUAUGGGACAUAUUUUCAUCAAGUAACAAACUGGAACCAAUAUUUACUGCCCCAGUAGACAAUAGAUUCUACGCAUUGGCAUGGUCUAAGCCAUUCGACGAAAGACCACAAGGUUUAAUUGCAGGUGCUUUUGAAAAUGGAACUAUAGAAUUCUGGGAUGCUGAUGUUUUAAUUAGAACUAAAGAUCUUGCUCAAGCAUCCGUCCACAAAUCAGAUAAACUUAAUGGUGCUAUCAAAUCUUUACAAUUCAACCCAAUUCAAAACCAUGUUUUGGUAACUGGUGGUUCCAAAGGACAAAUUCUUAUCUGGGAUACCAAAACUUUUAGUGAGCCAUUUGCACCAGGUCAAGCAAUGACCCCAAUGGAUGAAAUUACUUGUGUGUCAUGGAAUAAUUCAGUCAGCCACAUUCUUGCCAGUACUGGAAAUGGCGGCUACACUUCAAUUUGGGACUUGAAAGCAAAGAAAGAACUUUUACAUUUAUCUUACAGUGGUCCAUCUGGUAGAGCUAACUUUUCUUAUGUUGCAUGGCAUCCAACUCAAUCCACAAAAUUGAUUACUGCAAGUGAUAAUGACACCUGUCCACUAAUUUUGAGUUGGGAUUUGAGAAACUCUAAUGCUCCAGAAAAAAUAUUAGAAGGCCAUGAAAAGGGUGUCUUGUCUUUAGAUUGGUGUCAACAAGAUCCAAACUUGUUGCUUUCAAGUGGAAAAGACAAUGCCACCUACUUGUGGAACCCAAUUGAAGGUGUAAAAUUAGGAGAAUAUGCUACUACUGCCAACUGGGCAUUCAAGACAAAAUUUGCCCCAGCAGCUCCUGAUAUUUUUGCUACCGCCUCCUUUGAUGGUAAGAUUGUUAUUCAAAGUCUUCAAGACACAUCUCCUCCAGCUGCUACUAAAGCCAGCUCUGGUGACGACAAUGAAUUCUGGAGUGAAUUAUCUACUGCUGAUACUCAACAACCAGUGUUUUCAAUCCAACAAGCUCCACAAUGGCUCAAGAACCCAGGUAGUGUUUCAUUCGGGUUUGGUUCCAAAUUAGUUAUUGUGGCCCCAGAUGCUUCUGGUAAGUCUGUUGUUAAGAUUGAAAAAUUCGUUGCUAAAGGUCAAGAUAAAACCGAGAAAUUAUUCAAAGACUUGAAGAACGAUGAUUUCACUACAAUUAUUGAAGAAAAAUUGGCAGGAGAAACUGUUAAUGAAAACAAUAAGUCCGAUUGGGAAGUGUUGAAAAAAUUGUCUGAAUCAGGUAAAGAUGCCUUCUUCAAAGAAGUUGCAAAGAAAGAAGAAAAACCUAAGGAAGAAGAUGAUGAUGAACAGGAAGACAAAAAAGUCAAUGGUGAAGAUGAUUUCUUUGACAAAUUGGGUAAUGGGGAUUCCAUCAAGAAAGAAAGUGUAUACGUUCCAGAAGGAAACUUUAAGAUUUUCAACAACAACGAAAGUGAGGAAAACAAGAAGUUGAUCAAUUUGAUUUUGGGUAACAAAAUUGAAGAAGCCGUUUCUUCUUGUUUGGAACAAAAGAAGCUUUUGGAAGCUUUGGUGUUGGCCUUAGAUGCUUCAGAUGAUAUCAAAGAGCAAGUAAAAAGUGCUUAUUUUAAGAAAAAUAAAGAAAACAAUCUUUCUCGUGUUCUUUACAAUGCAUCAUCCAAGAAUGUUACCGAUCUUGUUGCUCAUGCUAAUGUUGACAACUGGAGAGAAAUUGCUGUCGGUAUUGCUUCCUUCACUUCCGAUGAAGGAGAGUAUAACAGUAAGUUAUCCGAAUUGGGUGACCGUAUCUUGCAAUCUAAAGGUGGUAAGAGAAACGAUGCCGUCAUUUGUUAUUUGGCUGGUGGUGCUUUAGAUAAGAUUGCUAAUGUCUGGUUAAAAGAAUUGCCAGAUUAUGAAACUGAAUUGUUGAACUUGAAAACUGAAGAUGUCACUUCUCCAUCUGAUGCUCGUCUCCAAGCAUUGACUAAUUUCGUUGAAAAACUUGCCACCUAUAGAUACAUUACUAAAUCUACAGGCGAAGUUACUGGUCCAAUGGUUGAACAUCUUUCCAAGCCAAUCUUGGAGUUUGUCAAUUUGGUUGCUGGCACUGGUGAUUUUGAAUUAGCUAGUAAGUUCUUGCAAUUGUUACCAAGCGAAUUUGCCGGAACCGAAAAGGAAAGAAUUUUGAAGGCUGCUUCUAAAGAUGUUAAACCAGCUACUAAUGUUAGAUCUGCUACUAACAAGUCCUCAGUUUCAGGUGCUGCUGUUAGAACUCAUACAAGAGUUCCACCAGUAACUGCUGAACCAAGAAAGAGUUAUAGUGCUGCUCCAGUGGCUUCUGUCCCAACUUCAGGAUACACUCCAGCUAUUCCACAACAACAACAACAGCCACAGCCACAGCAACCAUUUGGUUAUCAACCGCCUGUUGCAGGAUACGGUGCACCAUCUUAUGCUGCUCCAAAAUCAAACCCAUAUGCUAGAAGCAACCCAUAUGCACCAAGUAAUAACGGAUUCAGUGCUCAAUCGCCAGUUCCACCUCAAGCUAAUUUGAUUGGUACUGUACCAGUUGCUAAUGCUUCAGUUAUCCCACCUCCACCUCCACCAAAGGCUAGUCAUAAGCAAGAAACUGAUGGUUGGAAUGAUUUACCGGAUACUUUCAAGCCAAAGGCAACUGCUCCAAAACGUGCUGCCGCUGCUGCUGCUGCUGCUUCUCAAUCUGCUUCAGUAUCCCCUGUUCCGUUGUCAACUGCACCAAGUCAGUUACAAAGUGUCGGAUCUACUAAUUCUAUUGGUAGUGCUCCAAAGAGAGCCAUCUCUACUUCAAACGUUGCUCCUCCACCAAAAGGUUCUGCUAGUAGUCGUGUUCCAUCAAAGAAUAUUGUCCGCACUGUGUCACCAUCUCCAAAACCAGUUGUCUCAAGUAGAUACGCUCCACCACCUACUUCAGGUGAAGCAUUACAAUCUCCAGCAACUGGUAGUAGUAGUCCCGCUAUUAAUUCAUCUCCAAGAGUUCCAAAGAAUCCAUAUGCACCAAGUGGUAAUGAACAACCUCCUCCAAAAGUCUCAUAUGCAUCUCCUCCAGGUCCACAGUUAACCAAUAGUGGUCCACAAACACCUAGUGCUGUUCCUCCAAAGAACCCAUAUGCACCACCUCCAGCAACAGCUGUUCCACAUGCUGGUAUUGCUCCUCCUCCACAAAAGUUUGGUUCUGUUGCACCACCUCCACAACCAUUUGGUGCUGCUAAUACUGUUCCUCUUCAACCAGCAUUCAGUGGUGUUCCUCCACCUCAAGCUGGUAGUGGUACAGCUGGUUUCCCUCCUCCUCCACCUCCACCAGCAGGUGUUCCAGCAAAAAUUGAACAACCACCAGCCAAAGAACCAGAAGUUCCAGCAAAACCAAAGCAUCCACAAGGAGAUAGAUCUCAUAUUCCAGCUGAUGCAUUGCCAAUAUUUAAUUCAUUGACUAAAGUUGUUGAAGCAAUUAAGCCAAACAUUCCUGAAAAAUACGCUAGACAUGGAACUGAUAUGGAACAUAGACUUAAUAUAUUGUUUGAUCAUUUGAACAAUGAAGAAAUUUCUAAGCCAGUUCUUGAAUUGUUGAAACAAGUUAGUUCUUCUUUAGAAGCAAAGGAUUUUGCUACUGCUUCAGCUGCUAAUGUUGAAAUUGCCACCAGUCAUAGUGACGAAAUUGGUAACUGGCAUACUGGUCUUAAACGUCUUAUUACAAUGGCUGAAGCCAUGUAUUAG